AUGCCAACUACCACGACAACCACUGAAAUCAUAACUACCACAACAACCACAGAGAUCCCAACUACCACAACGACCACUGAGAUCCCAACUACCACAACAACAACUGAGAUCCCAACUACCACUACAACCACUGAGAUCCCAACUACCACAACAACCACUGAGAUCCCAACUACCACAACGACCACUGAGAUCCCAACUACCACAACAACAACUGAGAUCCCAACUACCACAACAACCACUGAGAUCCCAACUACCAGAACAACCACUGAGAUCCCAACUACCACAACAACCACUGAGAUCCCAACUACCACAACAACCACUGAGAUCCCAACUACCACAACAACCACUGAGAUCCCAACUACCACAACUACCACUCCCACUACCACGACAACCACUGCGAUCCCAACUACUACAACAACUACUGAGAUCCCCACUACCACAACAACCACGGAGACCCCAACUACUACUUCGACUGAAGCUCCGUGGGAUGCCGAUGAUAUCUGUCAGCAAUACACAAAAAACACCUAUUUCGAAAACGUAGAUGAUCCCACCUGCACCACGCCGGAUGGAUGCGUGGAGGAGGCAACCACUGUGGACACCACUACCCCAACCACCACCACUGUGACCACCACUACCCCAACCACCACCACCGUGACCACCACUACCCCAACCACCACCACCGUGACCACUACUACCCCAACCACCACCACCGUGACCACAACAACGGCUAGUACCACCACAGCGGAACCCUGGAGCGCUGAGGCAACUUGCUUGACUGUCACUAAAACCACUUUGUUUCAAAACCAAGACGAUCCGUCCUGCACUACAUAUCUAUAUUGUUAUGUUGCCAAUGGAUCGGCAACAGCUUUGAUAAGGAACUGUAAGACCAACCAAUACUAUGAUGUUUCCUUGAAAGCCUGCACCGAUACGAAGCCGGACUACUGCACUUAA